UUCAGAGACGGUGCAGGCGGACGAGGGGGCGGACCGGCGAGAGGAAACUUGAGAGAAAACAAGAGCAGUCUACUCCGCUGACCUCCGUAUAGCCGUUAUUAUUUAUCAGCGUUCAUAUUUCUGAAAGACAGGCAACUGCGCUCGCUGACAAACGCGCUAGAGGGUGAGGCGGAGGCGCGCCCGGCGUAGGAAUAACGCUAGCAGGAAAACGGAGAGAAAGGUGAGAGAAAGGUGAGGCACGUUUGAGAAGAGGAGAAGUGAGCGGACUCGGUCACAGACAGGACUUAGCCACAGGUAGCUCUGCGUUAGCUGUCGUGGCAGAGGACUCUAAAGUGCACUCGGGUCAUGCGGAUUUCUCCGGGUCGCUGAUCGGAGCGCCGCGUCGCAGUAGUGAAAGGUGGGGGAAAGAGACAAGAAGCAGAAAACAGAAGAACCAGACCGCUGCUCUGCCGCUCCGCCAGUCGGUCCAAGCGGGCUCCCGGCCAGAGGGAAGAGCCACCAUGUCCCGGAGAAAGCAGAGCAAGCCCCGGCAGAUAAAGCGUUCCCUCGGGGAUCUCGACGGUGGCGAAGACAACAACACACUAGACAACGUCAGCCUGUCGGGAGAGGAGGGUGGAGUCUCAGAUCCAGAUGAUUCAGUAGAGGGUGACAGCUCCAGCCCGCCGCCAUACACGCCGCUGUACAAUGAAGAGCCCAAGACGCAGGACUCUCGAGGAGGCACCAACAAUGAGGACGAGGAUGGGGAGGAGCGAGGUCCGACACACAGUGGCGGGGAGGAGGAAGAGGAAGGGGAGGAAGAGGAGGAGGUGUUACAGUGGAGGGGUCCAGAUGACCUGGAGUUAAGCGAAGAAGGCGGUGACAGCAGGGUGGUGGCUGGCAGGGACCUCCAUCCAGACACAACAUGGGGACCUUACCCAGGAGUCCUCCAAUCAGAGGGCAGCACAGAGGAUCAGGAGACAGAGAACGCUAAGUUGACUCUGGUGUGUGAGGAUCCAGAUUGUUGGAUUAGUCUCCUCCCUCUGACCUCUGACCCCUCAGCUGCCAACUGUACCAUCUACAGCCAAGGUGACGAGCUGUUCUGUAAGGUGACCACAGAGCUCGCAGCUGGCGACAGGCUCCUGGCUUCCCUGUCACCUCCUCCAGGCUCCUCCUCCUCCCCCCCGCUGGCCCAGCUCUCUCCUCCGCUCAGCCUCGUCACCCAGACACAACCUGCGGUGAAGGAGGAGCCACUGUACCCGGCGGCGCUGCGCUCAGACAUUCAGCUCCUCCCACAGCAAGCUGGCAUGGCUGCCAUCUUGGCUACUGCCAUUGUCAACAAGGACAUUUUUCCAUGCAAGGACUGUGGGAUUUGGUACCGUAGCGAGAGGAACCUGCAGGCCCACCUCAUGUACUACUGCGCCAGCCGUCAGAAGCAGCCGGCCGCAGCCUCGUCUCCACCGCAAGACAAACCCAAGGAGUCCUACCCCAAUGAACGCAUCUGCCCCUUUCCACAGUGCAACAAGAGCUGCCCCAGUGCCAGCUCACUGGAGAUCCACAUGCGCACACACAGUGGUGAACGUCCAUUUGUCUGUCUCAUCUGUCUGUCAGCCUUCACCACUAAGGCAAACUGUGAGCGCCACCUCAAGGUCCACACGGACACCCUGAACGGGCUGUGUCAUGGCUGUGGCUUUGUCUCCACCACAAGAGACAUCCUGUACAGCCAUCUGGUCACCAGCCACAUGGUUUGCCAGCCUGGAUCUCGCAGUGAGGUCUACUCCCCAGGGCCAGGCCUUCCUAAGCUGCCGCUGUCCACUGGUCUCAGUCCAGGAGACUCUGGUGUGGUGCUGAAGUGUCAAGUGUGCGGCCACAACUCUGACUCCCCUGCCCAGCUUCAGCAGCAUGUACGAACCCACCUAGAGGUCAGGGUCCCAGCCGAAAGGAGCCCCACCCCUCGCCAACUUACCCCAUCCUUAGUUGAUCCCCCCCAGCUCCAGCUGUCUCCGAGCGAGAGGGAGCCCCUAGCCUCUGUCCCCAAGCCGGACUCAUCCAGUCCGGGUGCAAACGGCGGCUCAGCUACACCCCGGGACUGCAGUCCUCCUGAUGCCCCAACCACCGAACUGAAGAUCAAAGAGGAGCCUCAUUCAGACUCAGAGAUGGAAGAGCAGCAGAUGGAGAUUAAGGAGGAUGGAGAGGAGGAGGACGACGAGGUCGGUGGAGGGGAUCAAGAAGCAAGAAGGAAGACGAGGGAGGAGCAAACUGCCACCUCAUCCAGACAGACAUCCGACUCACCGAAGAGUCCCGCCACCACAACUGUAAAGGCAGAACCAACCAGUCCCACCCCUGGUUCUAGCCCUGCCCAUGUGGGAAGUACGGAGUCAGUUCUUCCAGGAGGAGCAAUGUUCUUGCCUCAGUACAUGUUUAACCCUGAGGCAGCCAUUUUGCCUCAGGCCUCUGAGAUCCUGGCUAAAAUGUCCGAGAUGGUCCACAGCCGCCUGAAACAGGGCCAGCCUGUUCCUCAGAACAACCCAGCAGCCUUCUUCCCUUCUGGACCGACUGCACCUACAGCCACAGCCACUCCACCUCACAAAGGAGCCACCUGCUUUGAGUGCGAUAUCACCUUCAACAACAUCAACAACUUCUAUGCACACAAAAGGCUAUACUGCUCCAGUAGGCACCAAGCAGAAGGGGCAACCUCAGCUUCAGGCCCUGGUUUGACAAGGGAUGGAGCCCCAGCCACGGUGCCUUCCAGCGGGGCACAUGGCUCGUCUGCAUCUCCUCAGGGUGGAGCAACAAGUAGAGCAGCCUCUGCUUCUCCUGCUGACUCGGACUCUCCUGCUGGGAUUGGAGCAACCGAAUCCAGGAGAGUGGCAGAAGUGAGGACAGAAACCCCUGUGGGGAGAGAGGGAAUAUCAUCCUCUUCUGAAGGGGAAGGCGGAGGUGCAAGUGUGGGAGGAGGGGGCGGAGGAAGAGCAAGCGAAGGCAGCCAGAGUCCUGCUAGCGGUUCUGCCGAGGACCUAGAAGAUGAUCCCAACAGAACCUUCUGCGAGGCCUGCAACAUCCGCUUCAGCCGUCACGACAACUACACUGUCCACAAACGCUUCUACUGCGCAUCACGCCAUGAUCCAUCCAACCAUCGAGCCGUGCACAUGGCCAAGGCGACCACCGGAGCAGCCUUCCUUCCCCAGCCCAUCCGCACACGCAAGCGGAAGAAGAUGUAUGAGAUUCACAUGGCCAGAACUGAAGCCUUAGCUAAUGCUGCCGCUGCCGCCACCGCCGCCGCUGCUGCCACUGCUGCUGCCGCCUCUGCCCCGUCUCCCUCCGUUCUUGGCUUAGCAGUGAAGCAAGAAGUUUCUCCCGGUGCGGCAGGCAGCUCCAGCCCUGAAGGAGACGGCCCGAUCGACCUGAGCAAGAGGCCCCGUCUGAGAGAUGCUCCACGUCACAGCAGCAGCAGCAUUCUCCCUGCUCUGCCUCUUACAGACUAUCACAAGUGCACUGCCUGCAGUAUCAGCUUCAACAGCAUUGAGAACUACCUGGCUCACAAAACCUACUAUUGCCCUGCCACCACACUCCAGCCCCACACCUUGGAGCAGCUUCACAGGCUCAAGAGAUCAGCCUCUACCUCUCCCAAAAGCAGGCCUCAGCAGGAGCGCAUCGACCUUCUGCACCCCAUGGAGGCUAAAGCUCUCCCCGCGGAGUGGGUUGCCCAGGCUCAAGGCUCAUCAUCCAGUCCUCAUCCCCCUGCCUUACCUGCCUCUGAUGCCACAUCUCCUGCCCAUACAAGCACCACACUUGCAGCCACCCCAGGAGCCGGAGCCAAAGGCACAGGUGUCGUUUCCCCUCAGGUGGUCUGCCCUUAUUGCCCUAACAGGCCUAUCACCUGUGACCUGAUGGAGCACUUCAAGACUGCCCACAGCCUCGUUGUAACCAUUCAGCCGCCCCAGGAGGCCCUACCCCAGCCAGGCAGUGCAGUCAGCCACAGCCCCAGCCUUAGCCCCAGAGACGGAGCUGCUGCAACCACUUCCACGUCCCCAAACAACCAGCCCAGACUGGUAUCCCGAAUUCACAGAGACAGCAUCAACGGGCAGGCCGGGAGCGGAUCGACCUCUCCCGUUUCCCCAAUGGUAAACGGCAGCCCUUCACCUGAGGGUGGGUCGCCUUCAGCUGGCCCACCUCUGCCUGUGUCUCCUCCAACAGCUCCCUCUCUGCCUUUGUCACCCGUGCCUGAGGUCCUAAGGGAGACGGUGGGAUCGUCCCACCUUCCAGACAAGGUGGCCACGACUGUGGCCUCCAACGCUGUCCCCACGCCCCAGCCUGUCCCCACUGCUGGCCCCAAAACCACAGUGAUCGCCCCUGUCCAGAACGGUAACUCGCGCUUCUGUCGGCUGUGCAACAUCAAGUUCAGCAGCCUCUCCACAUUCAUAGCUCAUAAGAAAUACUACUGCUCUUCCCACAGUGCUGAACACGUCAAGUGAGCCGAGCAACUUGCUCCUUCCUCUUCCCCUUCGUCUUUCUGAGUGGAGGCUUCCCUUCGCUAAGUUCCAAGAAGCUCCGAUGUCCUUUUGUGCCGGUCCUCCCACACGGGCACCAAAAUGGCGCUCAGCUGGCAUGACUAUGAAUGACAAUGAAUGACUGUUACUCAUCUGGCAGGGCCUGACGCCCAGCUGCUCCAGAGCAGAAUUUGCAGGUGGUGUUACUAACACACAGUAACUGAUAUUCCUCCUCCUAUGGGUCAAAGUUUGUAGUACACUAAGAGCCGAGACGGAUGCCACCUGCCCACACUGGUGUGCCCUCGUCUCCUAGAUCACCGUCUGUCUUCAUACCCCGCUUCAACAUCAACCACUCCCGGGCCUCGCAGUUACCCCUCGCGUUACGGGACGUUAAAACAUGUACGUCAGCAGGCUCUUCCCUGUCUCUCUGAGUUUAUAAUGGUAGUGAACAGACUCUGACUGUCGGAGGCAUUUCUGACUGAUGAUCACAGUAACGAUGAUGCUGAUUAUAAUGAAGCUCCAGUCUUUUCCUCAGCUCUUGAUGUCCCCCAGGCCUAAACAGAGGCAUCAUUUCUCUUGUGUGGGAAAGACAUGAUCAUUGUUAAUUUUUUUUAUUAUCUGUGCAUAGUGUAUGAUGUCUGAAAACAAAAAAAAAGAAUUCUAUAAUGCUUUUGGUUUCAACACUGGCUCUUUUUUGCUUACUAGAGAAGCUAAAGUGUUUUUAGCUGAAAAACAGAUAUGUGUUAUCACAAUGUUACUAAUUACUGAAGGAUAAUAUUUCAAAAUGGACAGUUUUUCCUUUCUUUCAUACACGCAAAUUUUUAUUUUCUCUUUAAAAUGCAAGGGAGAAAAAAAAAUGUGAAAUAUUUAUCUUUUAGUCCUCACUGAUUUCAUGUCAACAGAAAACUACCUACCUUGUGUCUGAGAGUAUUUGUAUUUUUUAUUUGUAUAUUUUUCAUACUGUUGGAAGGAACUGUUUGGAUCUGGCUGUGUUGAAGUGUAUUUUCUAAAUGUAGAUAUGUAAUAUCUUCUCACAGUAAUCACUCGGAUCACACUGAACUUUGUUAUCACUUUAGCAUUUUGUUGUGUUCCGUUUAUGUAGUCUUUAAUUCCUGGUAAUGUCUGACAACCAGCGGCGUGUUUGUUCGAAUCCCCUCUCGUACCUUGCUGAUGAGCUACUCCAUUAGAUCGGAACAGCCUCCUCACUUCCAGCUUUUCACGUCGGAAAGUUGAAGGGAGCGCUUCUGGUUCUGUUGCAUUUCUUCUUCGGGGAGAGUGACGUAGCUUCCUGCAGAUUUCUGGGUACACGAAACACAAACUUUCAAUCAAAAGUCUAUAUUUAGUCUCCAACCUCCACGCCAUGCGAAGUAUGACCUUUAACGACACACAGCUUUACAUUCUCUGUUGCAAACUGCCAUUUCAGAUGUAAACUAAGUGACAAUGCUUUGGUAUCUAAUACACAUCAUAAAAGAUGUUUUUUUUUUUUUUUGUUUUUUGUUUUUUUUCAAUGAUUGUAUUUCUGUCCGGCAAUGAAGGCAUAGCAGGGAAUAGUCACAUGUUAGAAUAACACCUCACACAGUAGAGUAAGCACAUGUUAUAACCACUCAUCAUGGUGUGUGUGUGUGUGUGUGUGUGCUCUUCCUCUCUCACUUUGUUUCUCUCUCUCUCUCUCUCUCUCUCUCUCUCUCAUGCAGACAGACACACACAGUUUACCACACAUUUUCCCAUGCUGCUUUUGGAGUUGCAAUACAGUGUUAGCUAGAACUGUGAAAGCAUAUUUUUUUUCCAACAUUGAUGCAAACCUUUCAACGUAAAACUUUAAAUUUUAAGGCCCAGACUUCAUUUUCAAUUAGCCAAUAUUUCACCCAGGUGCUUUUUUCUCCUCCCAUUUUCCAAACUUAGAAAAUCGUAUUAGCUGUGAGAGCAGCUGGGAAAGUUAAGUUUCAUGUUCUGAGCAGCGGAGGACAUGGACCAGCUGCAUCAGUCUGACUGUAAACACAGGACAGACCUGGACCUCUGUUGACUCACUAGUAGCACUCAGAGACCCACACACAACCCUGAUGGAAGUCCUCACACCUCUUCUCAGCAGUGCUUGGGUGGAGUAUUGUCAUCUGUUAAAGCACCAGUUGAGUUUAUUUUGGCCACUAAGGGACAGAACAAACUGUAAACACACAACACUGACAUGUUAUCACCGAAAUCAUUCAACAUUUGGCUCUUCAGCAGCUAAAUGCUCCAUCUGCCGUGUUCCCCCUCUAACGUGGAAAAUUAUGUCCGAUGCUAAAACAUAUUCACAACUGCACGCGAUCGAAUUCUGACGUCACCUGUCCCUGUUUACCUUGUUAUCAGCGAGCCCCCUACACCUGCCCAGGUGGUUAAUGUCGGCCCCGCCUCUCUGUUCCCAGAACUGGAAACUAAAUGUAAAAAAAAAGUGGAGGAUUUCUCAACGCGAUCGAAAACUCCUGCUUGAUUUUCUGCUCUGCAGCACUGAACCAGACACAUCUUACUACUACGCGUUUACAAUUGUGCUGGUCCGUCUCUCUCAGCUCUUACACGGAGAGAGGAGAAGCAGGAGAAAGACACAGUGUCAUGUCGACGAGUCACAAAUUAAGGAACUGAGUGCUAGAGAAUCAUCCUUUGAACGCACCCCUUUGUUAUUGCACUGUGUUGUAUAAAAAUGUGCUGAAUGUUUUAGUUUUGAGGUUUUUAUUUGUAAUGUAUUUAUGUUAUACAGCACUUUUCCCCAUACGAAAUGCAUCAUGGUUCUACCUUGAAGGACUUUGUUGUACCUUGAAGAACUUUCUGAAUUUUAACCCUCGCUAAAACUUUUUUUUUUUUUUUGGUUUGUUUUGUUUUAAACAUGUUUUGUUCAUGAUUUUUUUUUUCUUUUUUUGAAUGUCCUUAAUGGAGAAAAUCACAGUGAGUGUCAAAAACUUUUAUUUCCGAGUUUUUAAUUUCAUUUCAGUUCCACUACACUCUUGUCCAAACUAUGCAUGGGAAAUAAAAGAGUUCUGAGAGACACU